AUGCGGUUACCCUGGCUCGGGGCCGCUGUCGUUCGUGACGUCCUGCUGCUGUUCUCCGCGUCGCAAGCUGUGGUUGUCCAAGCCGCGACCGAAUCCUCAAGUCCCGGUCCUCUCUGGAUUCAACCGUCUGGCGAGUGGUAUGGCAUCGACGGGACCUGGUCCAACUUCGCCUUCUACGUUGGUUCCCCCGCCCAGGUAGUGUAUUUGACAGCCGCCACCACGUUGUCCGAGAUAUGGGUUGUCUCGACAGGCGGCUGCGUCCCAGUUCAACUGUGCAUUGAUGCUCGCGGCGGCGUCUUCGACUUCUCGGCGUCCGAAACAUGGCGUCCUCUGGGAAGCUGGCAGCUGGGCAUGAACAACACAGGCAUGGGGGGGAACGGCGACUAUGGGCUGGAGACUUUUGCGUUCGUCAACACAGUGGCGCGACACACAACUGCCAUUGAGGGUGCUCUGGUGGCCGCGAUAAACGACACCAACCACUACCAGGGAUAUGUCGGCUUAGGGGUGACGCAAGGCAGGUUUGGAACGAAUCUUACCAAUCCCUUCAUCUCGCAGUUGGCCCAAUCCUACGGCACGAUACCAAGCCACGGCUAUGGAUAUACCGCGGGCGCUUAUUACCGCAAAGACGGAGAGAGUAGCGGCACUGUGGCAUCUCUGACCCUCGGAGGCUACGAUACCCUCCGAUUUGAACCCCAUGGCACUACGUUUUCGCUUGACCCGGUAACGCGGCUGCCUACUGUGCGAGUGCGAGGAAUAACCGCCCAGGUUUCGACGAUGGAGCAGGCCCCUACCAAGAACUGGACAUCGACCGCACACCCUCUUGUGAAGAUGGACGAUUCAAUUAUUGCCGUCAUCGACUCAUCGACACCAUAUCUCUGGCUGCCCACAGAGGUGUGCGAACGCUUCGGUGCUGCUUUGAACUUGACGUGGAGGGAAGAUCUAGGUGUCUAUGUCUUCUCUGAUGGCGCCCAGUAUACGAACUACAUGUCCGACACUGCACUAACCUUCACCUUCACCCUCUCCAGCUACCAGAAUGCUGACAACUUUGGUGAGCCGCUCAACACACCUGGAGUUGUCAACAUCACCCUCCCAUCCGCCGCCUUUGCGCAGCUACUGCGCUAUCCCUUCAAGAAUGUUAUCCAGUGGGGCAACUCUAGCGUUCCAUAUUUUCCCCUGAAGCGGUCAACCAAGGAAGUGAACAACAACCAGUACAUCAUUGGGCGCGCGUUCAUGCAGGAGGCAUACAUCGUUACCAGUUACGACAGGGGCCAUUACUCACUCCAUCAGGCCCGUUUCCCCAGCAAUGCCGCGACCAACUACUCGCUCGAGGCCAUCACAAGGCCGGACGAUAGCCCGUAUCCCAAAUUUGAGGACGAGCCUGUUCCCAGCCAGGGGCUAAGUGGCGGCCAGAUUGCAGGCAUCGUUUUGAGCAUCUUCAUAUCGGGCAGCAUUCUCGCUCUGUUUCUGUGGUUCUGCAUCAUCCGCAAGCGGAGGGACAAAGAGAAGGAAUCUCCUAGUCAAGAGGAAGAAAAUAAAGAGGGCCCUCCAAUUGUCGAACAAGAGGAGGAACCUACGAGCCCGGUCAAGCGGAUGUUUACCAGAAUCAUUAGGAAGAAGCGGUCGAGGAAACCGACGGCGCACGAAACAGAUGGGAGGAUUACACAGCCGGUCGAGGUUGGGGCCGACGCUCAACAUCAACUCUUCGAAAUGCCGGUGCCACCUGAGCCGGUCGAGCUGGAUAGUCACGACAUCGGAGAAGAUGAUGAGACUGAGUUCGGGUUUGACAACACCCAGCCAUUGAGUCAGUACGAGAUUACGAGGCGGAAACUGGAACGGCAGCUGCAGGGGCCCGUCCCGACAUACACCCCAACAGCAUCCAUUCCAUCUGAUUUGGGGUCUGGGAAGUCGAUGCAAGACACGAGCCCAAUGGCUCAUUACCGGCCAUCCGACGAACCGUCGCCAGCGUCGUCGCCGACGUACGCCAACAGCAACUCGCUUGCCGGGUCGCUCCCUUCUCCGCUGACUCCGCACGGCGACUGGACGAGUCGUGGGGUUGACCUCCCAUCACCACUGACAGUUGCGCUCCCACCACAUUUCCUGACUGCCCGCUCGAAUGGAUCCGAUCCGAACUACUCGCCCGUAUCUCCGCACUCUCCACAUUCACCACACACAUACGCCCCGUCGCCGGUUACCCGCUCGGGCUCCAACGCAUCCCCUACUACUCCGACCUCUGUACAGCUGCCUUCCCCGACAUUCCAGCGAACGCCCAUCGACCCAUCACGAGUGGUAUGCUUGGGGCCGUUGCCAGAGAAUGUCCAGCUUCCGCGUCCACGACGAUCUAUACCGCGAAUCGUAACCCCAAGUUCUCCGCCGGCCGAAUCGGGGCCAGACGAUUUGCGCCUAGAAGAUUUACCGCUCCCUCAAGCCCUGGGCCAUCAUCGGUCGCACACCCAGGCCUCGACCGAUACGCUCGGGAGCAACUUCACCGUCGACGAAGAUGAUCACCCCAGACCAGACGACAUGACGACACAGCAGCUCAUGAGGCCCGAACACGACCGACAGGGCCAUGACCAUGAUAUACCCCGCAGCCCUCGCAGCAUGGAGCGGAUUGAGGAGGGCUCGGAGCUCAUCCACGUGCCGCAAGUUGCUGAAAAGCGGUAUAGCUGGGAGGAUCAAAGCGGGACCAUUAACUAA